AUGGUCAUGGAGAUCGGCAAAUUAGUUGAGAUAGGCGAGAAGCUUGGAUUGCAAGGGCGUGAGCUUCAGGAAUGGAUAAACCAGGAGAGGACUAGAGAUCGCGAGGAGCGGGCUCUAGAACGAGAGCGCAUGAGGGAGGCCGAAGCCAAGGCUAUAGAAGCACACGAAAGAGAAAAGGAGGCGCACGAAAGAGAGAGAGAAAUUUUGGAAAUGAAGCUGCGGCUUUCCGAAAAAGGUUCCCCCCAAGUGAGUGGGUCGGACGAAGGACAGACGGUUCCGCCAUCGUCGCAGUUUCAGGGAAUUAGUCCCCAUAAGUUGAUGUCAGCGUAUGACGAAAAGAAAGAUGAUUUAGAUGCAUAUUUGAUGCGUUUUGAACGAAUAGCCGAUGGUCAGAUGUGGCCUAAGGAGCAAUGGGCAGCGGCAUUGAGUAUGUGCCUUAGCGGAGAAGCUUUGAGCGUGUUUGGGAGGUUACCAGCAAGCGAUUGCAACGACUACGUGAAGCUGAAAGAGGCCUUGCUGAGUAGAUUCCGUUUGACGGAAGACGGUUUUCGUGGCAAAUUCCAAACCGCACCACCCGUAGAUGGGGAAACGGCGGGUCAGUACCUCGCUAGGCUAGAUAACUACUGGGAAAGAUGGUUGCAGCUAGCAGGAACAAAGAAAGAAUAUGAAGAUGUCAAAGAACUGAUGAUCCGCGAAAGGUUUUUAGAACGAUGCGACCCGAAGCUUGCGUUGUUCAUCAAAGAGAGGAAGCCGAAGAGCCGAAAAGACCUGUCCGAAUUAGCGGACCAGUUCAUGAACGCGCAGGGGCGUACAAACCUAGGGAAGAAAAUUAGCGAAAGCGGAGUUCCGGAGAAGCAAGUUGCUCCCGUGUCGGGAAAAACCGGAGCCGAUGGGAAAAGCGCAAGCCCAGGUGUAGCACAGCGGCAGCGAUGCCUGAUCUGCAAUAGGCUCGGGCACAAGGCCUCUAAUUGUCGUACAAAUGUACCUAGAGGAGCCUCAGAUAUAAUUUGCUACAGAUGUGGACGUCGUGGGCACAAGAGCUCGGAGUGCAGGAGUACAAAUACUGCGAAGAAGGAUGGAACUGAAAAUUCGGUAUCCACAUGCGUUCAGGGAGGAUAUGUUGAACUCAAGAGCGGGGAGAAGGUGCCCGUGGUAAACGUUGCGUCCAAGGACAAACGUCCACCAGAGGAGAACAACUUGCCGGUUGUGGAAGGCAUUAUAUACGGCAAACGCGUCAAAAUUCUCCGAGAUACGGGGUGUAACACUGUCAUCGUUAACAAAGCACUCAUUACGCCCGAGCAGCUGACGGGAAAGACGAUGACUGUGUUCCUACUUGAUCGCAAGGUCAGAAUGUUACCUGUUGCCACCGUUCACAUUCAGUCACCGUACUACACGGGGGAGCUUGAGGCAGGAUGCAUGGAGGAUCCUUUAUUUGACGUUAUACUUAGGAAUGUGCCCGGAAUGCGACGCGUUGAGGAAGACGACCCACACUGGGAAACCGAACCUAACCAUGGAGAAGACACUGGUUCAAAGGAACAAGACGUUCCCGAACUAGAAGGGAAUACACCGAGCGUGGGAGGUGGCCAGCAAGAAACCCCUCCUAAGAUACUUGCGGUGACUACGCGACAACAGUCCAGAAAGCAGAGGGAAGAUUUCCGGCAGUUGAGAAGUCCACUCCUAAGCGAGGGCAUAGUGACCGAAGAUUUCGGUAAAGAGCAAAAGGACGACCCGACUUUGCAAAAGUUUUUUGCUUCCAUCGGAAAACAAUUCCAAAGCAAGAACCGGCGUCAGGGCAGCUACCUGUUUUUUGAGGAAAACGAUUUGCUUCAUCGGAAGUACAAAUCGUUUAGUGGGGAGACAACAAUUCAGCUAAUGGUACCUCAAAAAUUCAGGCUUACGGUCUUGGAGUUGGCACACAAUGGAAUAAUGGCCGGACAUCAAGGGGCAAAACGCACGGCCGAGAGAAUUAUGACAGAAUUUUACUGGCCAGGACUGCAGUCAGACGUGAAAAGGUUUGUCCGAACGUGCGACAUUUGCCAGAGAACCAGUGACAGGGGCAGGACGCGACCUUUGCCACUAGGGAAAAUGCCUAUCAUCGACACUCCAUUCAAAAGAGUGGCCAUUGAUAUCGUCGGACCGAUAAAACCACCGUCGGAAGGGGGCAAUCGCUACAUACUUACUCUCGUCGACUAUGCUACCAGAUUUCCGGAAGCCGUUGCUUUGCCAAGCAUCGAAACAGAAAGAGUAGCUGAAGCUCUACUGAACAUAUUUUCCCGGGUUGGAUUGCCAGAUGAAAUACUCAGCGACAGGGGGUCUAACUUCACUUCCGACCUGAUGAGGGAGAUCAGUCGGCUGCUAUCAGUUCGCCAGCUCACCACAACACCAUACCACCCGAUGGCCAACGGACUCGUAGAGAAGUUCAAUGGAACACUGAAGAAGAUGCUGAAGCGAAUGUGCCAUGAGCGCCCACGGGACUGGGAUCGCUAUUUGUCACCCCUUUUAUUUGCAUAUAGGGAGGUGCCACAGGCAAGCCUGGGAUUUUCCCCAUUUGAGCUUUUGUACGGCCGAAAGAUGAAGGGGCCGUUGGCAAUUUUGAAACAGCUGUGGGGCGGAGCACAGAUUGAUGAAGAGGUGAAGACGACGUAUCAGCGUGUAUUGGAUCUGCGUAACAAGCUGGAAGAGACUUGUCAAAUCGCCCACGAGGAGCUGGAGAACGCGUCGCAGCGAUACAAGAUGUAUUAUGACACGAGAAGCAGAGACCGACAGCUCCAGGUUGGAGACGAAGCCCUACUGUUACUUCCGACGGAGGGAAAUAAAUUAAUGAUGCAAUGGAAAGGACCCUUCAAAAUAAUUGAAAAGAAGGGAGAAGCUGACUAUGUUAUCGACCUCGGACACAAAAAGAAGCUGUUUCAUGCGAACAUUCUGAAGAAGUAUAUGAACAAAGAGAACCAGCGACACAAGUAA